AGUAUGCUUACUUUCGAAGUCUACACUGUUCGUCAAACUUUCCGUUGCGUACAUUUCGUUGUCUUCAGUGAGAGUUUACCUACGUUGAAAAGGUUCUGUCGCGGGGUCGCGUGAUUAUUUGUUCUUUCUCACUCUUGGAAUGGGCUCGAAGUAACACAGUUGUUCUGGUUCGUGUUGUUUCCACCAUCUAUCUAAAUUCGGAAUCAUACAUCGUGGUUGUGAAAACGGCAACAAUCAUGGCGGCUGAGAGAAGCAAGUCGCAAGUGUUCGUUUUUAAUGGGUGCUAAUAGAAGGCCCGCGACUAACGAACGGGCACAGUGUAUCCUCGUGUGUGACAGUGUAUGUGUGUGUGUCCCUGGUGCUUUAAAAAAAAGUGUCGAAUUUACUAUUUAGUUGCGUUACUUUUUUGACAUCGCAAAAUUAUAGGGGAAUGAUCAUUGAUGAAGAAAAAAAAUAGUAAAAUAAGGAGUGUUGAGGAGACAAGACAAAAGAGCAAGCGGGGAAAAUAAAUAUGCGUUUGAUCGAUCGUGAGACAUGAGUGAGGGUGUUAACGAAACAGCGGUGAGCUUCGUGGACUCGUCGACCGCAAGUACGACUACCGCGGCAACGACAACCACGACAACGACGACGGAUGGGGCUACGGUAAAAACGACCUUGGAAUGCAAUGAAACGAUCGAAAUACAGCCAGAAUCACCACCAUCCUCAAAACCUCAUAAUCAUUCGACAAAAACGUCAAAAAAAACUACAUACGUCGUUAGAAAAUAUAGGAAAUACACAUCAAACGGCCGCGCCUUUCACCUGAUCGAUGGUAAAAAAAUUCGCAGUGCCCUUACACACAAGAAAUGGCCGCCGCGAGAUCGAAGAGUCAGCUUUCCGAGCGACGACAACCAAUUGGUCACGGGUUAUCUCGAACCCGCAAAUCCAUGGGAACACGCCAAGAAUGUGAACACCGAGGACUUGAUCUCGUCGUACAAAGCAUCCUGUCAACGACAUGGUGCCGAGCCAAUGGAUAAUCUCAUAGCUCAACUCGAGAAAUUGGAUAUUUCUGAUGAUGAUCGUUGUCCGGAACUUAGCUUGAAGAACGAGUGUUUAGACCCGCCUCGCUGCGAGCCACUCGAGGAGUUGCUGAAAAGAGUACAAUUUGAGAAAAUCGACGUUGAAUCAUCGUCGUUAGAUGAUGAGAGUGCUACGAUAUUGUUCGACAUGCUCGAGUAUUAUCAAUCAGCCAGACAUUUGAAUAUGUCGAAUAAUCGCAACAUUGGAGCGCGAGGAUGGCAAGCUUGCGCUCUAAUGAUAAAAAAGACAACGUGUCUCGAACAGUUCGAAGCGAGGGAUAUAACCUUAACACAGCAACACAUGAACAUUUUGAAACGACCGCUCCAACUGGUGUCGCACUUGCACGUGCUUAAAUUAGAAAAUUGUGGUCUUGCUGGAAGAGCUUUUCUCAUAUUAGUUGCAGCUUUAAAAAUGAAUACUGGAUUAAAAGAGCUGCACCUGGCGGAUAACGGUUUCGAGCAGGAAGAUGCGAUACAGCUUGGUGCGCUUUUGAGGGUUAAUAAUCACUUGCAGCUGCUAGAUAUUAGUAACAAUCACAUCAAGGACGAGGGCGUUCGUGAUCUAAUGGACGGACUCGUUGCUCAGUCGGGCGAAUGCACAAACGGCAAAGGUCUUAGUAUCCUUGUCUUGUGGAAUAAUGAUCUUACAAGGAGCUCGUCAACAUAUUUCUCUGAAGCUAUAGCACAAUCUCGGAGCCUCGAGACCCUCAAUAUUGGCAAAAACGUCGUAGGUAAUGAGAUAUUUGAAUUGGCACAAGAGCCUUUGAUCAAGUCUCGGAGUUUGCUGCAGUUAGGUAUGCAAUCGACGAACGUGACGUGUAAAGGAGCGCUUUUGCUGGCGGGAAUAAUCGAGAAAAAUCGAUCUUUGCAGAGGAUAGAUUUGCGUGACAACAAUAUCCAGAUGGAAGGAUUGGCAGCUCUGUCAUUCGCGAUGAAAAGGAAUCCCUGCGUGACGCAAUUGGAUUUGGAUCCAACGCCAUGGAGUACGAAGCCCACGACGAUGGAUCAAUACUUGGAUCUCGUGAAAGAGAUACGGAAGUAUUGCGCGAGAAACGAGGAGCCAACAUCGACGGAUGAAAGCACCGAGGAGUCCGGUAGUCCUCAGCAUCGUAGCAGAUUAUCUAGCGUUAACUCUCGUAAGAUCUCGCUGACAUGUCAGACACUGCCGCGUUCACCGCCGUCGGUAGCGCCAAAUUCGAUCAACGAUAUAACAACGAGAUCGAUGCUGGAACCAAAGCGUACGAACGGUGGACGUUUACGUUCGCCAGCCCCCUCUCCAAUCCCAUCUCCCGUUGCAAGCCCGAUUCCAAGUCCGUCCCGUAGUCGUUUUGUCGUCUCACGCGUAUGCGAGAAUUCCCUCAGUUCAACAAAUUCCUCAGCAUCCACAUCCCCCGUAACACCAUCCUCGUUAAGUUCUUCACCGACUCGUUUUUCCCCUCUGUCAUCCGGUGUUUCGUCUCGUUUCCGCGUAACCGUUGUCGAAUCCACGAGCACCGCCUCGAGCUCAAGUAAAUCCGUCGUAACAUCCGCAAACGCCAAUGUAACCAUUGGCUUCAAUUAUAAAAUUCAUAGAGCCGAGAUGAGCAUUGAUUCCGACGAUUCUGACAGCGUCUUCAGAUCCAACGUUCGAUCCUACGAGUCCCACAAUCCCGUAGGUCAAACUGACAGUUGCCCUGGAAUCAACAUCGACCUGGAGAAUACGAUCAAAGCGGCGCCACCAGCAGGCGAGAAAAAUCCGGAAGAACAGCCUUCGGAGAACGAAACCAAAAAUAAUCACGAAGAAACGGAGGAUCUCGAAGAUGAAGCGAGCGUGAAGAUAAAACGCAACCAAGUACCUGUUAAUGUCGAUAUUAAUGAAGCAACCCAAGCUACGGAGAAGUUGACAGAAGUCGAAAAAGAUACGAGUAACGACGGCGAAAUCACGGCCGGCAAUGAGAACACGAUUAACCAAGACGUUUCGGACUCGUUCGGUAAUUCGGUAAAUGAUAAAACCGAUAUCGUACCCAGCGUUCCAGAAAUAACAAAUAUAAACGUAAUUUCGAGCUCAGAACGUGUAGAAACCAAAGUAAAUACUUCUAUGAAGGGCAGCGAGUCUCUGCGAAAUGAGAUAAUCGCGUCUUACGAUUUGAGAUCAAAAAAGCCGGAACAACCGCCGCGACAAGCAACCAGUCUUGAGAGAUUACUCGGUCUUUUUCAACAUCCGGGAAGUUUUUUCUCCGCUAGUACGUACGCCGAAAAAACUGAAACAAAGAAUCCUAUUCAGGAUCGUGUAAAUAGUAUGAUAGCGUUGGGUGACAAAUUUCAACAGUAUCUGCGGGAUGGUCGAAACCCAUCGAAGGGUACAACGGAAAAUUCGGAAAGUCAUCCGACCCUACACCGAAGCGUGUCGGAUGCUUCGAGAUCGACGAUCAAAUUGGAUCCCGUAAAGUCACUCAGUAUACCACAAUUGUCGAGUAUGCAAUCAAUUUGUGUUCAAAAUAUUGGAUCGCGCGAGGAGACCCUCAAAGCAGAGGAAAACGAGAGGGAAAAUGUGGAAAGUACUUCGAAAUCAAAUAUUUUGCACGACGAAACGAGCACCGAUGAAUUCCUUGGGGACAUUUAUGAUGAAACAAAUGAUGAACAAAUUUUUAGGAUAAGCGACGAUAGAAUGUUACCUGAGAGUCUGCAGAAUGAGAAAAAUAUCAAAGAUGUUGAUAGGAAAGACGCAAUCGAUGAGUCUCCGUCGGCCGAUGAAAGAGAAAACUUGGUCGACGUUACAGACAAUCCGAGCCUUGUUUCUGAGUCUAAAACGAUCGUUUAUCCGAAAUUGAAAGACAUACCGGAGUAUUCGAUUCUCGAGACGAUAGAAAUGAACCUCGAGGUUCGUGAGAACAAUUUAUCGAGAGAAAAAAACUUGGAUGUUCAUGUCGAGGAUGAGAAUAAAGCGGGAAUAAAAUGUGAUAGCAGCAGCAGCACGACAGACAGUAUUAAUGACCCUAGUUGUAAGAAUUCUUCCCAUUGUAAAGUAACAUGUGAUAUAAUAAGCAGCGACGGUGGCGGCGGCGUUAAUGAUGUACAUACAUUAGGCAGCACGGGCGAUGUACAUAAUUUUUUUACAACACAAUUUAACAAUGAUAAUAAUAAGCACGAUGAUAAUGAUGACGGUGCGAUCAUCUCGAGCUCGGAGACGCUCAAGGACGAAGAAAAUCUCAUUGCCACGAGCGCGAUUCUUGGAAGAGCCAAAUCCGAGAACGAGCAUCCUUCGAACAUCUCGGCGGAAUACUCUAAUUAUAACCCGGCCAUAGUGCCUGAAGCGGUGAUUGAUCUCCAGCAACUGAAAACCAAUGAAGAAAACACAGAAAUCUCGAUGACAAGCGUAAAUCGAUUACCGGAGUUUAAUAACACAGAAAAUUGUUCGAACGAGAAAACGAUCGUUCAUUCGAAAGACAAAAAAUAUGACUUUGAAAAUGUUGAGAUCGGAAUAAUUGCGGCUGUGAACGAAGCUGAUCAGACCGAUACUAUAGAGGAAUUUUUACCACUCGAAACGAUCGUUUCGUCGACGGUCCAAUCGAACCAACGACUUCCAGUCUGUUUUAGCGGUUUGGCCAUUAGCUCGAACAAUAUUUUCGGUGGAGUUGAUUUCAGUCGGGAUAAAGCCGUUAGCAGUGAAAAAGAUUCAAAAGCAAUCGACGAGAGUGAUCUCUUAGAGGAACAACCAAGUUUGCAGUCAGUCGUUGACGCACCAACAAACACGGGUGCACUGAAAAGUGAAUUUGCUAUUACGAGAAUCGCCGUAGUUUCGGUCGACGAUGAGGAUUACGUGCCAGCUUCGAUAGAACAAGUCUCGAGCUCGUUGUCCGAGGAUUCAGGCUAUUUGGGUAAACUAUCGGUCGACGAUAACAGAAAUGGCAACACCUCGUUAAACGAUUUGACGGAAAUACCACCGGGGAACGACACGAUGAUCGAUGACGUAGCAAUGAGAAAUUCGAUGAUCGAAAAUAUCUUUGAAACUACGAAUACAAGUUUCAAUGAGGCUUCGUUUAAAAUAGAAGAAGAAGUUCCCUUCGUACGAGCGAGCCCCGAAUCGAAUCUCACUCCUUAUCUUAACGUCGAAAGCAUCGAAACGAGAGUCGGUACACCAGACGUUAUGAGCGGGGAAUUCAGCGAAGAACUCAUUUUCAAAAUGACCGAUAUCGACGGUGCAACUCUUUCGAAGGAAAUAGGAAACGCGAUUGUCACGAAGAUUCGAGUUUCCGAGGACGAUACGAUGAGUCCGAUGAUGAUGGACUGUUAUUACGAGUCCGGACAGUCCUCCAAUGCUAAUUUAUUCAUUGAAAAUUCGAGGAACGCGCACAGGAAUAGUCAGGAUUCUGGUAUUGAAGAAACUACAGCUUCGAUUUCCGAGGACAAUGGUUUAGAUCCGAGCAAUCAUCGCUCGGAAAAUUUUCAGGAGAGCCUCGAUUCAGGCAUCGAUUCUGAGUGUUCCUCUGUUUGCGCGAGAGUCGACGUUGGCACCAAUGCCCAGAAAGAACGUGCCAGGGAUCCUGGAAAGUUGGACAUCUCCGUUGCAAUGGUGAACGAAGAAAUUGCGCGAUUCACCAACUCGGUUGACAUCGAGAGAAUCCUUGGCAACAAAGAGAUUAUUGGAGUUGACGAUAACCCGAGGGCAGCGAGGAUCGAUGAGGAGAUCAACGUCGAUAUGAAUGUUUCCAAGGCUGCCGGGGCUCUGGGUGAAAAAACUUAACAACACUCAACGAGGUAAGUUGUUGAGAUGAGAUAGACGGAAAAAUUGCUUCGCUUCGAAUACUGCUAAUUGCUUUGCAAAAUAACGUUUUUCCUGCAGGACCCGAGCAAAAAAACUUUACCCCUUUUAUCUUUCAAAUCGCUUUUUACCGCUUGAAAAUAUGCACCUCUGUUAUUACUCGUCUCUUCCGACUAUUCGACAAAAACCUUGCCGAAUGGUCGAACAAACUGAGGAAAAAAACAAAUGGCUUUUGCGCCCUCGUAAACCGCUUGUUUUGGACUUUGCUGACAUUGCUUCUGGCUCAUACCUGGAUAAAUAUCGGAAGCGCGAUGGCCACCUGCUAAUUCUGCUCUGCCGCUACAUUUUUUUGCCCUUGAUGUGUUGGAACAGCUGCGUAGAAAAACAAACAGUUUUCGGCUGAAAGACAAGAGAGAGGAUUGUUGGGAGUAUCCGGAAAAAUGAUGCACCGUUUUUUCUUCUUUCUCCUUUUAAUACAUGGAACAAGGAUUUUUAACGGAUGGCUACGAUCUCGAUAAAGCCACGGAGUAAACCUCUAUGUUAUAUGUUGGCUAUUUGUUAUUCCUUUUCCAUCUUUCGUUUAUUCUACUCCUGUCGUUCACAAUGAUCCGUUUAAAAUGUGUUCUUUCCAGCGAGUAUGCGAUAAACGUUCAUACCUUUUUCCAUUGAAUUAUUCCUCUUGAUUUCUUAGCCUCUUCACAAAUUCGUGAUUAAUAUCGUGAUCGACGAAUGAUGAGUGAAUUCACAUUUAAACACUUUAAUCGUUAUGUGUUUUACCUAAUCGUCUCUUUUGUCUAUCCAACCGUUUAAAACUUAAUUAACAAAACUCUUUCUCAUGUAUCAACUUUUCUUCGCUCUGAUUCCGUUACAACAGACGGAUCGUAGCAACAUGUUGUGUUUUUGACUGUUUGCGAUUUACUAGACCAAGCUUUGUUUGUCUUUUUCCUUCGUAAACGCCUGGCGACUUGAUUGGUUCCAGCGAUUGGUGACUGGAAAUUCUGAGCGCGAAUUAUCUUGGCAUUCGCAAACUCGGAGAAUUAAAUUUUUGUUUCUUUAUCUGUCUACUCCGUAUCUUUUCUCUACCAAUAUUGUAUGCUAGAUCAGUAAAGCGACGAAAUUGAAAGGAAAACUAAAUAAAAUUAAAGAUUCUGAGGCCCUUGAUCUCUCUA